AUGAAUUCAGAACCGUUGAAUCAUUCCUGGCGAUUAGUCGAGACGCGCAUAAUUGAUUUACUAGAGGAUGAUAAAGUAUCAACAUGCGUGAUAUUCUCGAGCAUCCAGCAUUUCCUUGACGAUAUUUCGCUGCGAAAAGAGCUUUGCAAGCACUUUCCAAACAUCCCACGUAUGUUCUGGUCAAGAACGUGUGUUCAACACAACGGCUUCUUCGGCGCAAAGACCUCUACAGACUUUUCCUCUAGGGCAAGCGAUUCCUCCGGAACGACCAUCAUAGACGUGCAAACCUGGUUCCGCAUGAUAGUCGUCAAGACAGUCAAUUCUCCACCUCGAUCUGGGCGGGGUUAUCGAUGGUUCGAGAUGUCCUUUCUCAGCUCAUAUACGAAGAGACGUAAUCUAUUGCUGUGCUUCGAUACGCCCAAGUAUAUAUCCCGCAAUAUGCUCAAUGUGCUGGCCGAAGAAGAGAACAGCGACGCCGCGACUGGUCCCUAUGGCUUGCACCAGCUUUUGCUCGAACAACUUAUGGGAUUUUAUGACGCGGGUGUCUGGAGUAUUGCGAGGACCAUCCGCGACUCCAAUCGCCAUUCAGAGAACGACAAGGGCACCGAACUUUUCCUGAAAUUAGAUGAGAAUGCCCGACAUUCGACUCACUCGAUCGAAGCGACACAAGAAGCAGCUAGGGUCGUCGCAUGUAUAGCUCAACAUUGCGAGACCCUAGCAUUACGCUCAAGCGUGCACCAAGAGCUACUUAUCUCUCGAUGUGAGAUCUUUAAAUUCCAUCAUACGUUGAUGCAAGGAUUUCUUGCCAGAGCGUUUGCUAAUGACAGACGCGUUGGUCACUCGAAAGACUUGACCUUAAAUGUGUCAUCCGGACUCGAUCGCAGAUUCAACCAGAUGAUUGCAGCAUUGGCUAGAGAAGAUAGUGCAUCUAUGAAGGCCAUUGCAUACGUAACCAUGACCUUUUUACCAGCAACAUUUGUCUCUGCGCUGCUAGGCAUGAACUUCUUCAACUUCAGUCCGGAUGAACAUCAGGGCCACAUUACAUACUCUCACGACCUCUGGAUUUAUUUCGUUAUAUCGAUCGUUUUCACGCUGAUUAUGUUUGUGCUGUACUGGAUAUGGCAACAAUUCAGGAAGAAGGCGAGAGCAAGAUCGAAUGUCGAGGAUGAAGAUGCUGCAGAGAACGCUUACUCGACCGUGGAAAAGGAACACAUGGAGAAAACUCGUCCGCGAGGAUCGUACUUUAAGGGAUCUAUGAUGAUCUCGACCUGA